UGCGAGCGGAAGCGGAAGUCAGGUGACCGGAAGCGCGGGGUGAAAGGUCGGCGCGGCGGAGGCGCUUUCCUUUUCCGGUUUGGGCGCCAUCGGAGCCGGCACCCUCGAGAUGGGGAAGUUCAUGAAGCCCGGGAAGGUGGUGCUCGUCCUGGCCGGGCGCUACUCGGGGCGCAAAGCUGUCAUCGUGAAGAACAUUGACGAUGGUACCUCGGACCGACCAUAUAGCCACGCCCUGGUGGCUGGUAUUGAUAGAUACCCACGGAAGGUAACUGCUGCAAUGGGCAAAAAGAAGAUAGCGAAGAGGUCCAAGAUCAAAUCUUUUGUGAAGGUUUAUAACUACAACCAUCUAAUGCCCACCAGGUAUUCUGUUGAUAUUCCUCUGGACAAAACCGUUGUUAAUAAAGAUGUGUUCAGGGACCCGGCACUAAAACGCAAGGCAAGGCGUGAAGCCAAGGUUAAAUUUGAGGAAAGAUACAAGACUGGCAAGAAUAAGUGGUUCUUCCAGAAGCUGCGAUUCUAAACUUGUAACAUGGCUGCAUCAAUAAAUGUUUAUUAAAAAACA